GAGAGACCAUACUUGCAGGGAUAGUGCAGCGGGUACAAAUGCUCCGAAAAGACACUCUGAAAAGAAGGAAGUGAAAAGCGAAAGUUUGGUGAAAGGUAAAAAAAUUGAAGGUUUUAAGCCAAUUAAUUAACUGACAACAAUGUUUUUGUUCAUGAUUAUGAUGGCUUCGUUGGUCAUAUUAAUAAAUGGUCAGGGAUUUUCCACAGAAGGCGUUCUUUUGGCCACAAGUUAUGCAGUUAUUGCACCGACAGCAUCAAUAUCGCCCACCCCUUUUGUUGCGCAAAAUAAUGGAAGUUCAAAUACAAGUUCAAUUCAUGGAUCAUCAACAGCGAUACCAACAGCCACACAUUCUCUAACAGUGGUAUCUUCUUCAUUGGUACCUUCAUCAAUGUAUGCUACUUCAUCUGUUUCUAUGGCAAAAUAUACAGCAAGCCUUAGCGGUUCUAUUCAUCCUGCAAGCAUGUCCUCGCACAUUGUGGUUUCUUCAUCAUUGACACCAACCCACAAACCAACUGAUCAUACUGUUAUCAAAUGUGGCAAGGAAUGUCAAACAUUGAAGAAACGCUUGUACACCUCGGCUGUGUUCGCCAUUUUGUUUUUGAUUGUAAGCAUCGUCCUUGGUGUUCUGUUGUACAGACAGUAUCGAAUCAGCAAGGAUUAUCAAAACGAUCCAAGUUUGUCUCGACUUAUAUAAGAACGCCCACAAGAAUUCAUUUCGAAAGAUUUAACCUCGUUCCAUGGGCUUGUUAGGCUUUUUUAUAUUUGUUCAGGCUGUCUAACUAUAAAAAGCCUUACAAGCCCUGGGUACGGGUUGCUAAAGAUUAACUUGAAGUGUGUAAUUUUGAAAUGGGAUUUACUAACUUUUUUUUUUACUAUGCAAGAUUUUUUUUUGGUAAUAAGCACCUGUUAGUUAUGCUUGUACUUUUUGGUACCUAAGUUUUCAUACCCAAGACAUUCAUCUCUCAUCGAGGUAAAGAAAAAACUUGUCACUACUCAACCUUGUUCCCAGGGCUUUUCGUCUCUUAUCGGCGCUGCGCUUAUUGAUAGGUCUGACGAAUAAGGUGUUCGUUUCGCCUUCCGACAUGCAAAUAGAGACAACCGGUCCUGGGAUCGAGGUUGGUCACUACCCGCUUAUUAAGGUUAGAAAGUUUUCCACCUUUUUUUCCUUUCCAUCCCGCUUCUAUUCUGUUAGGUACCGAAGGGUGCAUUGUUUGGGUAUAUUGUUGAUUUACUUAAUUGUUUAAAUUUGUGUUCCUUUGUUUGUAUGUUUUUGUCUAUUUAACAUUUUUAUUUAUACAUAUUUUUGUGGCCGCGGUACAUGAAGAUUAUCAGUUAGGGUUGAUAAAUGAUUUCAAGAAAAAAAGGCAAUUUGUUUCCUGACUAACUUUCGCUUCAUCGCAUCUACUAUCACGAAUACUACUAUGUCUAGCACUUCUGCACGAAAUUUUAUCGUCACAAAAUAUUUUGUAAUUACCAUUUGAUAUCUUUACUUAUGAAGUUUUGUUAAAA